CCGCACGGGGCAGCGAGAGUGAGAGUGAGAAGCCACAGAGGGGCUUUCUUAUAUUGUCUCUGUAUGAAGAUUCCUCUCCCAAGCUGCUGUGGCCUGCCAUGCCUUCCUCCCCACACCCUUGCUUGUCCUCUUCUCCUUCCUCUGCCUUCUAUCUCCCUCUUCCAGCGCCGCCUCCUCCACCCAACUUGCUCCUCCCUUCCGACGCCGUUUCCCUCCUCUCCUUCAAAUCCAAAGCCGACCGGGACAACAAGCUCCUCUACGCCCUCAACGAGCGCUACGACUACUGUCAGUGGCAGGGCGUCAAGUGUGCCCAUGGCAGAGUCGUUCGCUUCGUCCUCCAGAACUUCGGCCUCCGUGGCUUCUUCCCUCCUGACACCUUGUCUCGUCUCGACCAGCUCCGUGUCCUCAGUCUCCGCAACAACUCCCUCUCUGGUCCUCUCCCCGACCUCUCCUCUCUCCUCAAUCUCAAAUCCCUCUUCCUCGACCAUAACUCUUUCUCUGGUUCUUUCCCUCCUUCCCUUCUCUUCCUCCACCGCCUCCUCACUCUCUCCCUCUCCCACAACAACCUCUCCGGCUCCAUCCCCCCUGGUUUGACUCUCCUCGACCGCUUAGUUUCUCUUCGCCUCGAUUCCAACUUCUUCAACGGAACCCUUCCCCCCUUCAACCAGUCCUCGCUCCGUAUCUUCAAUGUAUCCGCCAACAAUUUCACUGGGCCUGUUCCCAUGACUCCCACCCUCCUUCGAUUUGGCCCGGCCUCGUUUUCCGGGAACCCGGGUCUCUGCGGGGAGAUCGUUCACAACCCAUGCAAUUCUCGCUCCCCGUUCUUCGGUCCCCCCAAUGCCUCCACCUCCGCGUCGCCGCUCGGGCAAAGCGCGGAAUCGCAGGGAAUCGUGGUCGUUCCUUCGCAGUCAUCUACUAGAAAGAAGCAUAAGGACACUGCGUUGAUUCUGGGAUUUACCAUUGCCUUCUCGGUCCUCAUUGCGUCCAUCCUGUUCGCAAUUGCAUUGUUUAGGAAAAGGAGCAGUUCCAGAAGACCAGACAGCCCAGAAAGUCAAGAGUCUUUGGAAACCAAAGAUGUACGUGCUCCUCCUCCCGCAUCUUUAGUUGUCGAAACAGAAAUAGAGCAAAAUAGGGAAGGGAGUGAGAAGGCUAAUAAAAUAGAGAAGAUAAAAGAAGCACAUAAGAGUGGGAAUUUGGUGUUCUGCUGUGGGGAGCCGCAGCUGUGUACAAUUGACCAGUUGAUGAGAGCUUCGGCGGAGUUGCUCGGUAGGGGUAAUGUGGGAACAACGUACAAGGCGGUGUUGGAUGGUCAGCUCAUAAUGACCGUAAAGAGGCUGGAUGCUGUUAAAACAGCAAUAACGAGCAGUCAAGACUUCGAGCAUCACAUGGAAAUGGUGGGCGAGCUUCGGCAUCCGAAUUUGGUGCCCGUUAGAGCUUAUUUCCAGGCAAAGGGCGAGAGGCUGGUCAUCUAUGAUUAUCAACCUAAUGGCAGCCUCUUUAACCUCAUACACGGUUCGAAAUCAACGAGAGCGAAGCCUCUUCACUGGACGUCAUGUUUAAAGAUAGCUGAAGAUGUAGCCCAUGGUCUCGCCUACAUACAUCAAGCCUCGAGAUUAAUCCAUGGCAAUCUGAAGUCGACUAAUGUCCUUCUUGGCGUGGACUUUGAAGCUUGUGUCACAGACUAUGGUUUGGCCCUCCUUGCGGAUUUUUCAUCGACUGAAGACCCUGACUCUGCAGCUUAUAAAGCAGAGACUCGCAACUCUAGCCACCGAGCCACUCCCAAGUCCGAUGUAUAUGCCUUUGGGGUGCUUCUAUUAGAGCUUCUUACGGGUAAACCCCCUUCUCAACAUCCUUUCCUUGUGCCAGCGGAUAUGCAGCAUUGGGUUAGAGCAAUGAGGGAUAACGAUGGUGCCGAACAUAAUGGGCUUGGAAUGCUCACAGAGGUCGCUAGCAUCUGCAGUGGAACGUCGCCUGAGCAGAGGCCUGCAAUGUGGCAAGUGUUGAAGAUGAUACAGGAGAUAAAGGACCGUGUAACGAUGGAGGAUACAAACUGCUAGGUUUUCAUAGUUUCUGUCAAGAACUCUAAAGACUGGAUGUAGUCAUGUUGAGGAGGUAAAAGCGAAAGACUGUAGACUCUGGUUGUCAGAAAAAUGAAGGGCAUUGCACGACAAGCUCAGAAGAGUAUCUCUGCACGACAAGCUCAGAAGAGUAUCUCUGCAAUCCAAGUUUAUUCGACCAAUUUUGGAAGAAUCUUCAUGAAUGCACAAAGUACACGCUAAUAUACAAUAUUCUUUUUUAGUCGCUGUUGAAUACAGUGCGGGGUUGGUUGCUCAACGUAUUCUACCAAUUUUGUAAGAAUAUUUCAUGAAUACAUACAAGUAUACAACAUUGAUGAUU